CGCGGCGGCGGGCGGCUGGCGGUUCCAUGGUCUGUCGGCCGGUUUCUCCGGCUGCUCGUCGCUCCGGAUAGGAGAAAAGUUUCGCGUCGGGCCGAACGGACGUGAUCAGCAUGGCCGGCUAUUUACCUCCGUGCGUCAUUGACUGCGGGACUGGAUACACAAAGCUUGGUUAUGCAGGUAACACAGAACCACAGUUCAUCAUUCCUUCAUGUAUUGCUAUCAAAGAGUCAGCCAAAGUAGGUGACCACGCACAGCGAAGAUUGGUGCGGGGAGUGGAUGACCUAGACUUUUAUAUAGGAGAUGAAGCUGUAGAUAAACCUACGUAUGCCACAAAGUGGCCCAUUCGACAUGGUAUAGUUGAAGACUGGGAUCUAAUGGAGAGGUUUAUGGAACACGUGAUAUUCAAAUAUCUGCGGGCAGAACCUGAAGAUCAUCACUUUUUAAUGACAGAACCACCUCUCAACACACCAGAAAACCGAGAGUACCUUGCUGAAAUCAUGUUUGAAUCCUUUAACAUCCCAGGACUUUACAUUGCAGUCCAGGCUGUGCUAGCCUUAGCCGCAUCCUGGACCUCACGGCAGGUGGGAGAACGCACAUUAACGGGCAUAGUGAUCGACAGUGGUGACGGAGUGACCCAUUGUAUUCCAGUGGCUGAAGGUUAUGUCAUUGGAAGUUGUAUUAAACACAUCCCUGUUGCAGGUAGAGAUAUUACCUUCUUCAUUCAACAGCUCUUGAGGGAAAGGGAAAUAGGAAUACCACCUGAACAAUCCCUGGAGACUGCCAAGGCUAUCAAGGAGAGGUACUGUUAUAUCUGCCCAGAUAUAGUUAAGGAGUUUACCAAGUAUGACACAGAUCCUGGGAAAUGGAUUAAGCCAUAUGUCGGCAUCAACGCUAUUAGCAAGCGGCAGUUUGCUGUGGACGUGGGCUAUGAGAGGUUUUUGGGGCCUGAAAUUUUCUUCCAUCCUGAGUUUGCAAAUCCGGAUUUUAUGCAGCCAAUUUCAGAUGUAGUUGAUGAAGUAAUACAAAAUUGUCCCAUUGAUGUAAGGCGGCCAUUGUAUAAGAAUAUAGUUCUUUCUGGAGGUUCAACAAUGUUUAGGGAUUUUGGACGUCGUCUACAAAGAGAUCUAAAAAGAGUAGUGGAUGCGAGAUUAAAAAUUAGUGAACAGCUUAGUGCUGGUCGAAUAAAGCCUAAGCCAAUUGAGGUUCAGGCGAUAACGCACCACAUGCAGCGCUAUGCAGUUUGGUUUGGUGGCUCCAUGUUGGCAUCAACGCCUGAGUUUUACCAAGUGUGUCAUACAAAAAAAGAUUAUGAAGAAUUUGGUCCUAGUAUCUGUCGGCACAACCCAGUUUUUGGUGUCAUGUCAUAAUAACAACUAUGACUGCUUCCAGCAUAGGAAAUAAAGGGCCUGCUGCAAAACAGGAUGGGUGUAACAACUGACACAUUUAUACACUGCUGAAUUGAAAUCUGGGCAUUUGUACCUGGAAUGCUUGUGCUAUAGAGCUGGGCACUGUCUAGACUCAUUUCCAUUAAGCUCACUGUGUGCCAGCUAUUUAUGUUCCAGUAACUGUUCCCUUUACUUAAGCUUGUUAGGCAAAGUGUUUUGGAUCCAAAGUAUAGUACAUAUACUAGUUUUUGUAAAGCAGUGCUGGCAGCGUUAAUCCUCCCUUUCUUCUGAUGAGAUGAGAUGCUUCGAUUAAAGGGAUUUGUUUCCUUUUAUAAAUAUAGAAAGAUAUAUUGCAAAUCAUGUGACAGAGCUGUGUUUAUAUUUCAUAAUUUUUGUAUUCUAAGACUGAAACUGUUUCCUAGCACAAUACUGAUGAGUGUAUUGAUAUAUAUAUAAAUUGAGCAUUUUGGACUUGGAAAUGUGGAGCUCCUUGGCAUCGAUGGUUUGUUUAAAAUAAAAAGUUCCCUCUUGGGUUUUUGUUGUUGGAAUAAAAUUACCCUUAAAUUAUCAGUUUUCAGUUGAGAGUGUUAGUUAUAUCAUGUCUUAAAUGUUGAUGGUGCUUGUAUAGUAAUUUAUUACCAGUGUUUCAGGGUUGUUUACUCUGAGCUAGGAUAUUGAAAGAAAUGUUAAUUAUUUUGAGAUUUUGAUAGUUGGAUGACAUGCUACCUUGCACCAGUCUAAUAAAGAUGCUUCAUAUCCAAA